AUGCUUCAAGUCUACCUUGAUCCAUGUACGGUGAAUUCUAGAAAAGUGCUUGCGGGGUUGGACCUAAUGGGUGUUGAGUACAAAUUGAAUCAUAUCAAUUACUUCACCGGUGAACACAAGAGCCCGGAUUACUUGAAAAUCAAUCCCAAUGGGACAGUUCCCAGCGCUUCAGAUGGACCUGGUUUCAACAUAACCGAGUCCAACGCAAUCCUUCAAUAUGCCGCAGAUCUCCACGGAAGUAUCUACUACCCAAAAGAUUUGAAAGCUCGCGCCGAUGUCAACCGAUGGCUCCUCUGGGAAGCUUCGGUCUGGUUUCCAAGCUGUUAUGUUUAUCUUGUCGAAUAUGUCGUAAAGCCACUCCUCAAAACCGAGCCAGACCAAUCCAUCAUUGAUGCCCAGGCGCCCAAAUGGAAUCAGCUGGCAUCUGUACUUGACGCCCAACUUGCCAAGACGAAGUUCCUCGCAGGAAACGAGGUAACAAUUGCAGAUAUUGCUGUCGCCGCGCCUAUGCAUCUCCACAAGGCCCAGCGUUUGCCUCUCGAUGAACAUCCAAAUCUGAAACGCUGGUUGGUAGAUAUUGAGAAACUCCCAUCCUGGCAGAAGACUCAAGGUGCAGUCGAUACGGCCUUAUUGCCAUCAGUGGGCAAUGUAAAUACCAAUCCUAACGAGGUGCGUGCAAAUUUCAACUACACAAAGGACGUCGACAAACUCACCGAAAUUUACUUUUACGAAACCGAGGCUGGUAAAGACACUCAUGAGCCCGGGGACGAUCCACACGAAAUGGUAGUUACAGAUGGCUGGGAAAGAAACCGAGCCACGCCAUUCGCGACCGACAAGAAUGGGUUCUCAAUCCACCCCUUCGAGACACAAUAUCAGAAGUGGGAGGAUGAGGCGAACGUGCGUGAAGAAUUCUACCCCGAGAUCGUGGAUUUUGUCAAAAAAACCACCGGGGCAAGGCGAGUUCUUGUUUUCGACCACACAAUAAGAACAAAGGCGAACGCAGCAAAGCCCAUCACACAAGAAACGGAUACAACUAAACGAGCUCCGGUGAUGUUAGUCCACUGCGACUAUACCGCCGAAUCGGGUCCACUACGUGUGGAACAACUUCUCGGCGCGGAAGCAAAGGACUUACUUUCUCAUCGGGUGGCUUUCUUUAACGUGUGGAAACCACUCGGGACGGUUGAAGAAAGGCCCUUGGCCAUGUGCGACGUGACAUCUGCGCCUGAAGAGGACUUUUUCAAGCUGCAUCUCCGCUAUCGCGAUCGCAACGGGGAAAAUUAUGUCAUGAGAUACUCGCCAAAGCACAAGUGGUGGUACUUCCCAAAAAUGGAGGCUGACCAGGUCAUUCUCCUCAAGACAUAUGAUUCGAGAUCGGACAUUGCUCGAUUCGUUGGGCAUACAGCUUUUGAGGACCCAACUUCUCCACCCGACGCAAAGACGCGUGAGAGCGUUGAAAUCAGAACUAUUGCUUUCUUCUGA